UAUUGACUUAUGGUACACUUGUGGCGACAACUUCCGUUAAACUUCCGCACGUUAAACGUUAGCAAAGAAUUAAUGCCCAAAAGAUUCAGUUAAAUUGACCGGAUAGUUUGUUAUAUAAUCUGUUAUAAUGCUACCUCUAUCUUUGCUGAAGACUGCACAGAACCACCCUAUGUUGGUGGAGUUGAAGAAUGGAGAGACGUAUAAUGGACACUUGGUCAGUUGUGACAACUGGAUGAAUAUAAAUUUACGAGAAGUCAUCUGCACCUCAAGGGAUGGAGAUAAAUUUUGGAGGAUGCCUGAGUGUUACAUCAGAGGAAGCACCAUAAAGUACCUGCGUAUCCCUGAUGAGAUCAUCGACAUGGUGAAGGAAGAGGUGGUGUCCAAGGGCCGCGGGCGAGGGGGCAUGCAGCAGAACAAACAGCAGGGCAAGGGUCGAGGGGGAGGAGCAGGCAGAGGUGUGUUUGGAGGCCGUGGUCGGGGCAUGCCAGGAGUGGGCAUGCCAGGAGUGGGCAGAGGCCAGCAGCAGCAGCAGGAGAAGAAGCCUGCUGGUGGCAAACCUCAGGGAGUCAAGAACCAGCACUGAGGAGAGGAACAGACAGGUCAAAUGUAAGGAACGAGUGUAGUUUUCACAGAAUGACAACGCUAUCAGUCAGUGGAGGUCACCUUACACAAUGGCUGGUGUAAUGGCCAUUACUGCUCCCUCACUGCCAUUUUUUUGCCAUGUGUGUUUGACCUCCACCAAUUGUGAAAUCACAAUGUGAGAACUAUGAAUAUUCUGUGCAGUUCAGAAAAGGCAGGGUUUUGUAGACAGAUUUUUGCCUUAAAGUUUUUGUUUUGUUAUCAAUUUGGGCCACCAUCAGAAACAUGUAAUUAUCAUCCUCAAGAACUCAACAGUAACCGAAAUUUGAGAAGUUCAAUGUUAUUGUUUUAUUGUCUCCAGAGCAAUCUACUACGUUGAUUGUACCCAAUUGUCUUCAGUGUAAUGUAAGCUAUGUAAAGCACCCAUUUUUGGCAUCCAUUUUAUGCCUUGGAAUUUGAAGACUUAAGUUGAUUGUGUUAUAUGAGGAACAAUACCUAGUUGGUUAAAGAAAUGUCAAGAAGUCUUGACAGUUUAUUUUCAGAGUCCCAAUUGGGGGUUUCUAAAUGUUUUACUUUUGUGGAGUUUAUUUGCAUAUUGUAACAUGAGACAAUAAUGUUGUAAUUUAGCCUAUACAAAAGAACAUGAGAAUACAUUUUUUGUUAAAUAUACUGUACUUGAAUGUAUGAAAGAACAAAAACUAUCGGAUUUGUUUUGAAUGGGUCUACAUACAGAAUGAAAAGUUAUUUUGCUACGAUCAUGUUACCUUACCUCUAAAAUGACAAAACACAAUUUGCAUAGUAUGUUUAUGUUCUUUAACUAACCAGCUAUAAAAAGUCAACAUAAACAAUCAAGCAUGCAUAUAACAAAGCUGGUGUAACCCUUUCUCUAGCCCCCUAAAGCACAACCGCAAUCACACAGCUGCUGAAUCAGCAAUAAUGCAGCCCUGAUUAACAUGACGCUAUAAUUCAUGGAGUUAAAUAUCACGUGAGAUGGUGACUGAUUUAUGAUGCUGUUCUAUGAGUUUUAUUACUGUGGUGUUGCAUGUCUUGUGGCUGUUUUGAAAUGAAUCGGAAUGGAACAUAAUCGCUGUUAGUUUCAGUUAAAAAAUGAAGCUCUGGAAAAAACAUUCUCACUUUCAUUUGCAUGAAAAGCUAGCUUCAAUUGAAAAUGUAAAAGGCAUGGUAGUUCUUUGACAAGGGGUUGGUGGAAAUUAUGAGGAGAUGGUUUCUCUAUUACCUCUGAAAUAUUUGUAUCAGGCAAAAAAGUGUUUUUCAAUACCAAACUCCCUAAGCACUGGUUUAGUGUCCCAUAAAUGUUAUGAGACCAAUGUACCACAUCUCUUUCUUGAAGAAUAUGACCCUGGAUAUCAAAGUUAUGUAGCACUUCGAUGAACAAAUUAGCAGAAUUUUGUUCUCCAAGUUUGGCGCUCAGCCAUAAAAACGCUCGUUUGCCUUU